GUGUUGCAUUUCACGAGUUAGUGAAAAAUAAUCCAAUCAUCCUCUGCACACCGAGAUAACUCAACCAGUGACCUGUCUACUUGCAAGUGAUCUUGAUAUCCGACUCAUGACAUUGAAGAAAACAUUGGAUGUCUAGUUGUAAAAGUAUUACGGUAAAGUCAGAUGCAAUGGAGGGCGCCCUAGCAAACGCUCUGCUAGGGGUGUUAUGACAAAACACGGUCAACGCUUGUAGCGUUAAAGUUGCGUCGUCCUAGAGUUGUGUUGAGGUCUUAAUCUUUCCACAAGUCAACAACUUUCGAAGUCUUUAUUUUCUCUCGCAAAGUGAAUAUUUGCAAAGACGCUUCAUGAUGCGAUGUUGUUAAUACCUUUUUCUGCAAUAGUGGUGAAAUCCACGGAACGUUCCAUUUACAGGAACAGAGCUGAAGAUAAUGCUGCACCGAAUAUCUGAAAGAGAUGUGAAGGAUUACAAGGAGAAUCAACAGUGAAUCAAAUGCCUGCAAAUUAACAAUCAGAGUGAAGACAAUCUGAAGGUCCAAGACACAAGUGCCUCCAGCACUGAAGGUCUCCUCUUCCUGGGUGUGACUCGUCCCCACGACGUCACAAAUGCGACCAUGGGAAAUAGCAGUGAAUAGGCGGCCACCACCUGCCCCCUUAAAUCCGAGGAGGUUCCUUGGGGAGCCCUGCAACACCCCUGUGCAUCUCAGGAGAAGCCCUCCAGUGCGACGACAGUGGGGUCCACGAGAGCGGCCUGUACUGCACGGCUCCCUGCACCAGGAUGAGAACUUCCACCACCCUCUCUUCUCGCAGCAGCAGCAGCCGCAGCAGCAGCAGCAGCAGCAUCAGCAACAGAUUCCUUUAGAUGAGUCUAGACAGUACAGCCAUACCAGCGCACCGCCACGUAUGCUCCACCCUGCCACGCACCCCCCACAGCAGAACCCCAUCAUGGUGGAUCUUCACGAGCAGAUGCACCAAGGAUCAGUCCCAAUCUCUUACACAGUUACCACGGUGACGACCCACGGUUUUCCUAUCCACACCGGGCAACCCAUCCCAGGGUGCAACACUCAGCAGCUCCCAGCAUGCUCGGUAAUGUUCAGCGGACAGCUCUCUCUGCUCUGCUGCCUUCCUCCUCCUCUUAUUCAAGCAUGUACAAUGCAGCAUUUGCCAGUGUCUUACCAAGCCUUCCCGCCACUCAUCUCCAGUGAGCAUUUUAUACUGCACCCUUCCCCACCCGUGGCCCCGCACCAGCCACCACACCUGGCUCCCCUCAGCCAGUUCGUCCCCUUACAGCCUCAGCAUCCGCGCAUGCCUCUGCAGAGGGUAGAAAAUGAAGUGGACCUAAGAGGGGAGCAGCACCCCAUCGGGACCUUCUCGUACCCUCCUGCACACCAUCCACCAGCAAUGCCUCCCUCGAUGCCCCUGCAGUACCUUCCACAAGAGCCCCUUCACCAGGAACUGCCCUUUGGAGUGCCAUAUCCCCAUGUGCUGCCAAGGCGUGUGAGUGGACAGAGAUACAGGUUACAGCAGCCUUUGCCUCCGCCGCCUCCACCACCACCCUAUUACCCAGGCUUCUUACCGUAUUUCCUCUCAAUGCUUCCAGUGCCUCCGACUGCAGUGGGACCAGCCAUAAGUCUGGACCUGGAUGUGGAUGAUGUGGAGAUGGAGAACUAUGAGGCACUGCUCAACUUGGCCGAGAGACUUGGCGAGGCCAAACCACGAGGACUUACUAAAGCCGACAUUGAGCAGCUUCCGUCCUACCGGUUCAACGCCGACAACCACCAAUCUGAACAAACUCUGUGUGUUGUAUGCUUUAGUGAUUUUGAGUCAAGGCAGCUACUGCGAGUACUACCCUGUAAUCACGAGUUUCAUGCUAAGUGUGUGGACAAAUGGUUAAAGACCAAUCGCACAUGUCCGAUCUGUCGAGCCGACGCCUCAGAGGCUCACCGGGACGUCGAUUGAGCUGGCUCCAGGUUCCUGCUUUGGGGAAAAAAAAACACAGCACAAAAAAAGAGAAUACAAGACGGAGAGAAAAAAAAACGACGACAACAAAAUGACACACAACUGGAGCCUGUGACUGGGGAUAACGCUGCCACCUAACCUGUGCUCUCCAGCCAAUAGUGACAUCCCUCCCCUCCCCCACCUCAACCAAUAAGCAAUCUCGGAUUUUGUAUGGAACGUGUUUGACCUCUGCUGUGCAUCGUUGUGUGAGUCAUCAACGCUACUGCCUACUAUAGUUACCAAUAGUUAUGGGGUUUUACUCUCCUUCCCUACUUCCCCCGUUUUACUUUGCUGCCCUCGUCCUCUGCAGAUUCCAAAGAUUUAACAUGUACGUGAUGUUGCCAUUUUUUUUCCUUUUCUUUUUGUUUUUCGUUUUGAAAUGAAAUAUUCUCUAGUUAUUCAGGCUUUUCACAUAAGGCGCUACUAUAGGAUGUGCGUCGCAGUGGUUCACAGGGAGUGAUGGGACUGGGAUGAGAGGCGAUGGUUGGGAUUGGCAGAUAGUGCCGUCCGUCAAACAGGGAAGGCUUAAACGGUUGGUGGUUGGAAGUAAGUUGGGCCACUCCACUGGUUCAAAAAGAAACCGUUUGACCAUCAUAGAUGCAUGUUCGUGUAGGUGAUGGGCAAAAGUGACUUGUUAAAUAAUGUACGUUUUUUGCAAUAAUGUAUCGACAAUUUCAAUAUCGCUAUCCGAUUUUAAGUUUUUGAUUAUUAUUUUUUUUCACCUGCGAAUGCUAUUGUGAAAGUAUGACUUGCAGUGGUUAAACGUUCAGAAUCUUACCGCCUGAUGUAAACAGAGGGGGGAAAAAACAAGAAGAAAAAAAAAGUCCAACACAAAAAAAUAUGACUGCAAAUGAUGGACAUGCACCUGGUUGGAAACCCUCCCGCUCCUCCCCCUGUGUUCUCCACGUGUUCUCAUGGACUCCCAAGAGGGGUUAUGGGCCUCCCUCAAGGCACGGGGAGGGUGGGCAGUUGAGGGGGCAUUUGUGGGGUGGGUGGGGUAGGGUGGCGUGAGGUUGCGGGACAAUGGCGUGGAGUGAUUUAACCAUCGCUGCUCUAGCACCGGGCACACCCAGUCUGGCACAGACUCACAGCGUGAGGGGGGUGCUGGGGGGUUCUGGGGGGUGGGGGUGGGGGUGGGGGUGGGGAGGGGCUGCCAGCCUCAUGCCAGUCUCAUCUGGCCUCACUGCACAAGCCGCCACACACUGCGUCCCCUCGGCCACCACGAUUCAACUGGCCAACCUCCAGGAUCAGAAAAAGUGCACUGCACAACGUGGUGCGUUCUCCCCCCUCCUCCCCAAAAAAAAAGAAGAAAAAAAGAGAAAAAAUACACGUGCCGUCACUUUCAGUAAAAGGAAAAAAACAAAAACAAAAGAGAAACGGCCCUAGACAGCCUGGAGUGAAUGCCUGGAAGAAGAUUUUGCAUGGACUCCUUUUUAGACUAGCAAUAUAUUUUAAUCGAGAAAAUUUCCAACACAUGUUAACGACAAUUAGACACAAGUGUAAACAAAGAAAAGACAAAGUGAGCAAACUAAAAAAAAAAAACCAUAGAGCGAGUAGGGGGGAAAAAUAGAGAAAUGCUAGCCAAACGCAGAGGGGGACCCAAGUCUUGGAUGGCCUGUAUCUUGCCAUUUGAUUUCACCUCAGCAUCUGUGAUAAGAGCUGGGGGAAGGAAAAAAGAACCAUUGUUAAUGAAAAAAAUACCAUCUGACAUUCAAAGCAGACACUGGAGAGGUCGACGCCCUUUUUGCAGAAAGCAAUAUGUGCAGUGAGUGUUUGAAUGGAACAUUUCUUCCAGUUUGUGGAAGACCAGGCUUUUUUCCCUUGUUUUGAGCCAAAUAUUCAAUAUACUCAAGAUUUCAGCUCUGCCUUCUUACGACCUUGACAAGCACAAACCCAUUACUAAUCUUAAAAAAUAUAUAUAUACUUUGUCAGUUCCACUUGUUUUAAGAGUAUACAGUUUUUAAAUGGUGUUAUUUAUUGGUUUUAACUUAGAUAACAUUUGAAGGACAAGGUCAGAAUACUAACAUGGUAUGUGUAUGUGUGUGUUAUAUUUUGGCAACGCUGUCAGGUCUCAGGCCAUGUUAAUGGUGUUAAGUGAUGUAAAAGAUAAAAAAAAGCAUUGUAUGCAUAGCUUCAGUGUGAAAGGUUUAAAAAGUUAUCGUCUUGUUUUGAAGACAAAAGAAUGUUUUAAAAUACCCUGUUAAUGUAAUUGACACUUCUCCUGCGUGCCAGUUGACUGUCGUAGUUUCCAUGAUCAGGAAGGGAUUUUUAAAUUGCAUCCUUCGAAGUUGGGUCUUAUGAGUAAUGCACUGUAAUGUGUUCAAUUCACUCUGCUUGUACUUCCAAAAUGGUAUCUGGCUGGUAUUGUGUCUGGGGGUGGGAGGGGAUGAAAUGGGGGGGGGGUCUUUCCGAAAAGUGGUCUGUGAUUACAGAACUAAUAUUCCUACCCGUGAAAAGCACUGAGUAGCAGUUACAGCCCAUGUGAUGGGGACAUGAGGGUGUUGUUUAUUUUCUUUUUCUUUUCUUUAUAGGGGUGGAUAGGGACCUUGCCAUGUUUUGAAGCGUUUAUCUGGUAGAGUGUUUGCCAGCGACAGAAAAACUAUAUUAAAAAGCCAUUGUAAUGAGUUUAACCCAGUUUCGAUGAUUUUAAUCUGAUCUCUCUAUAUAUACACACCUAUGUUCACUGGCAUACUUUUUAAUUUCUAAAGAAAAAUCACUCAGGGCCUCUCAGUAACUAAGGAAAACAGUCAAGCUAAAAUGGAAACGACGCCAUGGGGGGAUGUUUUUGAAUUUUAUUGGUUGUUUUCCUCAGGCCAUGUGUAUUUUUAAUGUAAUCAACAACUAAUACUUAAUUUUUUGCUGGUAGUAGUGGAUAUUACACCAUAUAAAGACAGGCAUGCUAGAGGCAUAAAAAAAGAUUUAAAAAAAUAAACAAAAAGAAAUGGAGAUCUAAUGUAGAGCGAGAAGAGGCAUUGUGUCACUGCAACCAAUCAUCAGUGUGUUACUCCAAACCUGUUACACAUUUCCUUUCCAUGUUCUUGUACUUGAACGACACAUAACAUAGCAGUUGAACUUGUGAUCCCAUUUUUUGUGCACCUUGUGCGCAAUAUCCUACCUAAACCACUUCCAAGAAAUAUUCUAAAGGUGUUUGCAUGAUUUAAGAAAAUUUACAAAAAAAAUGAUAAUAAUAAAACCUAGAACAAGUGUGUAUUUUCAGUGGAAGAUAUCUAGAAGUGGGGUCGGGGGACGUAUUUAAUUGUGCACCAUAUGCAUGCAUGUCUGGCCAGGUCCCCAUGGGUUUUGCUAGCUCUAGUUGGCUUCGGGUUAAUCGGGGUUUGGGGACUGGACUAUCUGCUCAGCUAAUUACUGCCAUGCAUUGUACUGCACACAUUUGUAAUAGAACUGAAUGACUACAAGAUUUUAUUGCGCUAAUUCUUUGUAACCAAAAAAACAAAAACAAACAAAAAGAAAAAGGAGAAAAAAACAUACAGGGGGAAAAUCUGAAAAGAGAGAGAACAAUGCUACGUAAUGAACAGGUAGCUCUUCAGAAACCUGGGGAAUAGAGCUGGUUUGAACACAUGGUUUCUUCUGUACUACAUUUAUGCUUUCGUUUGUUGCCUCAGUGACUGAACUUAACAUGCCUGAAAACUAGAUAAUCGAAAGCCAUAUAGUGACACGGUGCUAGAUGUUCUAUUUUAGGUAUGUUGCUACUUUCACUUAAGGGAAUGCAAUAUAGUGUGUCAUGAAGCUCAUGUACUCGAAGCAGCAUGCUGUGUCACCCCACCCUUGAAAACGGUCAACACCGGACACCAGAGGGUCAAAAAAAGAGUUAAAAGAAAAAAAAGAGGGUGGGGAAUUCUUGUUACCUUGCUGUUUUAGUUUUUUGUUUGUUUUCUUUUCCCCUUUUUAAUUACUAUUGUUUUGUUGGUGUUGUUUUUCUGUUGUAAUUAUUGUCUUUUUGUCCAGCAGCUCUUUGUUGUCAGUGCAACCUAAUAUGUAAAUGUGUCCUUAUUAGAAAACUUAACUUUUACUGCCCAGGUGAUUAGAUCAAGUACAUCUGCCUUAAAUGAUCAAGUUUAUGUAUUGUCUGGGUGUCAGGCCUCCACCAAACUUGUUUGAGAGUAACUACUAUUGCUACUACUGCUACUACUAAUGGCAAAAAAGGUCUUUGGCCCUUACCAAUUGCAAUGUUAACCUUAGUGUUACACUUUGAGAAAUUGAAUUCAGACAAGCUUGACCACUACAGUUUUAAGGGAUUUUGUUUUUGUUUGUUUUAUUUUGUUGUUUAUGCUAAAACAUUGUCCUUUUAUUUUUACUUUCUCACACCUUUUGGCUUUGCUGUCUUCACAAAUCCCAAAUUCUCGUAAAUCCUCACCAGAACAACUUUAACGAUAUUCUACAAAAAUCUCAAAAAAGGUUUAAAAAAUAGAAUCUUGUAGUCUUUCUGUGAUCCAAUUAAUAAAUAAUCUCACAGCUUUUGUGGUGCAAAAUUGUGUUCCAAUAAGCAGCUGAAAUAUCAUUUAGGAUUUGUGAUUUCUUGAUUGCUCUCAGUAGACGCCACCGAUUGUUUACCAAUGAUUUUUUGCUGUGGUGGGAUAGUGGAUUGUUUACUGUUCUUCUAAUCCCCCUGGCCUCUAGGGGUCCUCGCCUGAACUCUCGACUACCCACCCGCCAACCAGGCCAGGGGCAUGUGUUCUGUGUUAGGAAGAUAUUUUGCUUUGGUACUUGCACAUUUACAGUUACCUCAUUUUUGCCAUGUUUGUAUUUGGAAGAAAAAAAAAAUAAAAAAGCUAAUAUAUAUAUUAUAUAUAGGAAAAUGGUUCUUAAUGCUAUAAUUUUUUCAUUCCAUUGGAAUCAUAUUGUUUGUAGCAUUUAACAUAUAACUAGUUAUAGUGUAUUAUAUAUACAUCUGUAUACUGAUUGAAAUUUUUAAGAUUUGUACUUUUUUUAAAUGAAAGUUGCUAGUUCUGCUUUACCGAGUAGUGCAAUCAUAUUUUUUUUAAUUGUUGUGGCUGAUUUGAGAGGGUUGUUCACUAAUAAAUGUAUGAUGUAUACCAGUA